CAUCACAAAUUAUCAUGACAGUGUAAAACAAAAUCAAGUUGUACAUCUUUUCAGUGUACAUAACAUGAAUCAUACUUUGGUUAAAAUUAAUACAUCAAACAUGUUAGACUACACAGCAUGUUAUAUGGAGGUAUUGCAUGUUCGUUUCCACAUGCAGACAGCAAAAGCAAUGUCACAAUCACAGAGACAGAAGGUGUGGUGCAUAAGGAAGCACUGAGGUAUGAGAAAACGUUACAUAAAGGUGAACAAACUUGCUUCAAGCAUGGCAAAUAAUAGUAUGAAAACAACAAAAAAAAUGUUGUUAUUGUUGGCUACACCCUAUCUUCAUUCCUCCUCAUACAGAACAUACCUGAUGUGAAGACAGGACAAAAAGUUUGAGGCAUGAGUGACAGGGUGUGUGGAUGUGGGCGGGUACAGGUUUGGGUGGAAUUUAGGUGUCACACAUUCCCCGACAAGAGUGAUCUAAAGAGAGAACUCAGUGUCUCAAUUCAGGCAUCACCCGAGCGAGCAACACAUCUGUGAUCCGGGCAGGUAAGCCACUUUGUUCCUGUGCUGUAUUUGGGUUUUACUGGGUGAUUCAACUGACUUAAAACUGUGCAUCUCUGAUUAUUAUAGGCACUGUCUGCAUUGUGAUAAAGAUCUACAGUUAACACUUCUUUACACCUCUUGUGCUGUCACAGCCUUUACGAGAAACAACAUGAGUGAAUCAGCAGAGGCUUUGGCGGCUAACCUCACAAGCCGAAGAAAUGUCACCAUCGAGAUCACCAACCUCACUAAUAACUACUGCCUGAUUGACCCCAAGGUUUUCCUGGACAGUGGCAACUGCCACAGCCCGCCCCAACCCACCGUGCGACCACUGAAAACCGAGGUGUGCAACUUCAGCAAAACCAGCGCCAAAGCAUCCGGUGCAGUGGGUGUUCUGACCUACGACCUGUUUGAGAGGCAAAGCAACUCUGCUAAAGAGACAGUAGCGAUAAUGUUCUCUGUGCCCUACGACUAUAACAUGUACAAGAACUGGUUCGCCGUGGGGAUCUAUGCCAAGGGCAAAGAGUGCGACGAGAGCCUGUUCAAAGAGAUGUAUUACAACAAAGAGCAGAAGGGUUUCAUUCGAGAGGAGGCCCAUGGCUCCGGGCUCACGUUUGAGGGCAGGCAGCUGGACAUCAAGGCCACCAUGUCCCCGAUGGGCAGGGCCAUUAUGAAGGUGGAGCUGUGGGACAAGCUCUUCACCCCACAAAUGACACAAAGCCAUUACUGAGCUGUUAUGCAGAUUCAUCUUUGCCAACAUAAUCCUGCCUGACACACCGAUGUGUAGUGUUGAUAUGUUUAAACCUUUGAACACUAGUGCUUUUGUGCCAUCUGUUCACUGAAUAAAUCCUUAACAAGUCUGACAUGACAAAACAUGUGUCUUAGUGAUCCCUACAAAAAAUAAGCGUCUUGGUAAAGCUUCAGAACAAGUUAAUGUUUGUCUGAACUUGUAUUUGUUCUUGAUAUGAACCACUGAUAUAAUUUUUACUUAUUUUCUACUUGUUCAGACUCCACAACCAGUGCCUUAUGCAAAUUAUUGCGAUAGAAAAUAGAUAUAGUGAGGUUUCUGUUUUGUAUAUAAAUCAAAAGAAAGAUUAUUGACAUUAUUUAGUGAAUCAUAAGAUAAAAUACAUGCUGAUAUACAAUAAAUUACAAGAUAAUGAGGUCAGGUGUUUCUCGGAGGCAACAACAGAUCUGAAAAGCUGAAACUUGAUGGUAAAAUCCCUCCAGCUGCAGAGUUCAGGCAACAGAGGCUGGCCGUCACUCAGCAGUUACAUAUAUUGCAUAAGGACACCAUCUAGUGGUCAAAAGUAUUUGGUGCAUGUACGGCUGAAAAUCUGCAGCUGAUUGAUUUUCAAACAAUGACAGUAAAUUAACAAAAAGAGAACCAUUAUAUCUAUAUUUUUACAAGGUCAGUUUUUAGACUAACAUGAUCAAUUCUACUCUUAAAUCAAUUGAUUCUUUAUAUGUGGAGAUAUAUAGAUCAUUUUUCUGUAUGUGGCUGAGUUUUUACUAAGCUGAGUAAAAACUGUGUGACUUUGACAAAAGAGACCACGUUUUCCAUUCGAUCUCCUAUCAACAGUCAGUGUUUGUUUGCAAUGUGUUUCCACAAAAGAAAUUCAGAAAAGAAAGUUUUGUUAGUCAAUUGUAAAUUAAAUUCACCAAAAUGAUCAAGACAUUAGCUGAGUCUUUUGCUUUUUUUUUUUUUUUUUUACCACUUGAAUACCGCCUUUUUUGUAAGUUUCUUUUGAGGAAACACAUUGCUGUCCUUUUUUCUGAAGGCAGAGCAUCCAAUAGAAGGUCAGUACAUGAGAAGUACACCUGUUUCCUCUUUUGAAGUCAAUGUUGGUUUCUUUAAACCAUAACCACAAUCUUUCCCAUUCCUAA